CAAUCAGGAAGGACGUUUUUGACACGUGAAGGUGACACUUGCGUUCCGGAGACACUCCAAAUAUGUCAUGCAACUGUCACAUUUGCGCAUUAUUUGCAUCUGGAAUGUCGAAGUAGGCGAAGAAGGUUCUGUUUAUAUUUGAUGGUUGUCUUUAAAGGCACUGCAGUGAACAUAGUUGUAGCCUGCGAAGAACUAAGACCGGACUAAUCAAAAGGCACAGAAUAGGCUAGUUAAUCGAACUGUGAUCGACUCGAUGAGAAAAGAUGGCGGAUGGCAAGGACCCCCUGAAACAGUUGAAAGACCUGACUCAGCUCAAAAAUCAACUGGCAGAAAUUCAGAAGCGAGUCGAGAACGAAAUUUCCGCAGGAGUUCCUCAGGGGGGCUCGCUGUUUGGGGCGCCGUUCCUGAAGGGCUUCCUGGCUGGUUACGUGGCGGCCAAGCUGCGCUCCUCCGCCAUCGUGGGCGUGCUGCUGGGCACCAUCACUGGCAUGUACGCGGCGCAGAACUACCAAGUGCCCAAUAUUGAAAGGACGGUGAAAGAGUUGCUUAGCAACCUGACAAAAGGGCCAAAGUAG